UCCAUAUCUCACCUCCAAAGUUCAAAUCAGUACGUAUUUGAAUAUAUUCUGCUUCGAGAAACCUGCACUCAAUCCUAAGCCAAAAAUGGCCGCAGCCAAGAAGUGCUUCCUCCUCUCUCUGGUGAUUGCAUUGUGCUUGGCAAGCAUGGAGGCUAGCUCCACAGCCCGCCGUCUCAUGCAAACUGACGGUGCGCCCCAACCGGCAAUGGCUACGACUCCUUAUACGCCGCAACCAGCCAUACCAUCACCACAAAUACCUUCCCUUCCUAAUAUGCCAACUGCUACAUUAUUACCACCUUUACCAGCUUUCAAAUUGCCAAACAUUCCUCUCCCAACAACCUUGCCUACUGCUCCAAAGCUCACUCUCCCUCCCCUGCCUGCUAACAUCCCACUGCCAACCUUUGUCCCAAACUUUCCGGGCAUUCCAACUCUUUCUUCACCGCCUCCAUCAAACUGAGUGCAUCAAUCUGCAUGCCCGUUCUUGAACGAAUAAGACUUUGACGCUUUGCUGAUCUUGAGUUUGUCAUCAAGAUCCCAUCAGUUGUACCUGUUGUGUGCUUUGUAAUUUGUAGAGUUCAAUUUUACCAUAUGAGUGUUUGGUGUUUGUAAUAUGUGUAAGAUUUAAUGAAAUAAGUUUGCUUUCUUUUCUC